AUGGCUGAGACGCAGGAUACCGAGAUGGGGAUGGAUCUAGCAAGCAUCCCUGUCGACCGAAACUAUGACCUUCCUACUGGUGCCGGCGGUGUCGCACCCGAAAAAGCAUCUGCUAUCCUUGCCCAGUUCGACCGGAAACGAAGAUUGGCUAUGUUGGUGGUACCUACCGAUGAUGGGAAAGUCAGGUCACGUUUGCGAGAACUUGGGCAGCCUAUAACACUUUUUGGAGAAGACCGCGCCGACAGGCGAGAUCGCUUGCGGGAGCUCUUGUUGGAUCAAGAGGAGGCCGGGAGUCCAGAUGGAGCUGUUGUCGACGUACAGAUGCAUGAAGCAGAAGAAAACGCUGAUCAAGAGGAAGAGUUCUACACCGAGGGUCUACCUGAAUUACUUGAAGCGAGAAGAGCGAUAGCUAGGUACUCACUCCCAAGGGCAAAGGCGCGCAUCCAAAGGCAGAGAGAAGACUCUACAAUCCCGCUGCGCACACACAUCAAGCACCGCAAGGAAAUCAAAGAGAGGUUGCAAGGAUUUGAACUGUUUGGAACACAGAUUGCCGGAGAGCGACCCAUCAGCAUCACUCGAUUUGCCCCAAAUGGCGAAAUCAUUGCGGCUGGCAACUGGGGCGGUGGCAUCAAAUUACUUGAUGUCCCGAGCCUGGAUGAAAAGGUGACCCUCAGAGGCCAUACAGGUAUUGUUGGCGGAAUCGCCUGGUAUCCUGGCGCAACAUUACAAGAUUCCAAUGUGUCUCCAGAUUCUCUGAAUCUUGCAAGCGGUGCUGGCGGGCAAGGCGGGGCAAGUGACAUACAUCUCUGGUCGCUGAACAAGGACACACCUAUCGGCACUCUGCAGGGACAUACCGAUCGUGUUUGUAGGGUCGAGUUCCAUCCUUCGGGAAAAUAUCUUGCAUCAGCGUCAUUUGACACAACCUGGCGGUUAUGGGACGUGGAAACGACAACAGAACUCCUUUUGCAAGAGGGACAUUCCAGGCAAGUGUUUGCUGUCAGCUUCAACACAGACGGAUCAUUGCUGGCAAGCGGGGGAUUUGAUAGCAUAGGGAGAAUCUGGGAUCUGAGGUCAGGACGCACGGUCAUGAUCUUGGAAGGUCACAUCCGUGAGAUUUUCGGAUUGGACUGGGGCAUCGAUGGAUAUCGCAUCCUUUCAGGCUCUGGUGACGGAUGGGUCAAAUGCUGGGAUCUUCGUCAGGUGCGCAAUGUGGGAGGAAUUGGUGCUCACAAUGGCAACGUUUCUGACCUGAGAUGGUUCAAAGGCCUCGACGGUGACAAGUCAUCCCUAGUAGAGAGCAGUGGUGUCAGACAGGAGCACAGUCCUCGAAAAGCCGGCACAUUCUUUGUGACGAGUGGGUUUGACAAGAAUGUCAACAUCUAUUCAGCAGAUGAUUGGUCGUUUGUGAAGCAGCUUAGUGGGCAUUCGGGCAAUGUCCUCAGUGUCGAUGUCACCAACGACGCCAAAUGGAUCGCCAGCGGUGGCCACGACAGAACAGUGAAGCUAUGGGGGCGUGAUGAUGGACAGGGCAUAUGA